AUGUUAAGGCAGAUCUGUACCACUACAGCAGUGCAGAGGAAAAAUGUAGGAGCCUCAGGACCUGAAAAGUACACAGAGGCAUUUAUUAAAAAACAGGUUGAAGAGUUCAACCUCGGAAAGAGACAUUUAGCCAACAUGAUGGGAGAAGAUCCAGAAACUUUUACCCAAGAGGAUAUUGAUAGUGCUAUUGCCUAUCUCUUUCCUUCUGGCUUAUUUGACAAAAGAGCCAGGCCCAUAAUGAAGCAUCCUACUGAAAUUUUUCCAGAGCAGAGGAAAAUCCAGUGGGGAGAAGAUGGUCGACCAUUUCACUUUCUUUUUUAUACUGGCAAGCAGUCAUAUUAUUCAUUAAUGCAUGAAACAUAUGGAAAAUUGCUAAAUGUUCAGAAAUAUCAAGACCAACUGACAGCUCAAGACCUUCCUCCUCAGAAGGAGAAAAGAAACCUGGCUGGUAGCAGAUGGCUGACUAAGAUUGAAUUGGAAGAAAUGUUGUUAGAAAAACUGUCAGAUGAUGAUUAUUCAAGAUUUAUUCAACUCAUACAAAAGUUGAUGACGUUGCCGUGUGGUGAAAUCGAGGAGGAGUACAUAAAAAAGUUUUCCAAAGAAGUUCCUGUGCAGUUACAAAAGGCAGUUAUUGAGCCCUUGAAGUAUGAUGAGAAAGGAGUGGCCUUCAGCACUGGUGAAGGUAGAAGAAAAACUGCAACAGCUACUGCUGUAGUUUAUGACAAUGGGUCUGGAAAAAUUACAGUGAAUGGAAUAGAUGUUUUACAUUACUUCCCAGUGCUGCAAGACAGAGAACAGUUGUUGUUCCCUUUCCAGUUUCUUGGCAGAGUUGGAAAACAUGAUAUGGUUUGCACAGUCUCUGGUGGAGGAAGAUCUGCACAGGCUGGAGCAAUACGUUUAGCCUCUGCAAAAGCCUUAAGGAGUUUUGUGACAGAAAAAGAGGUAGAAUUCAUGAGGCAAGCUGGACUACUAACCUGUGACCCACGUGUGAAGGAACGAAAAAAGCCUGGUCAAGAGGGACCCAGAAGGAAAUUCACCUGGAAAAAACGCUGAGUAUUUAAGGAAUGACAGAAUGCUACCAGAUUGUCAAAACAAACUGAAUUAAGAUUUAAAACUAUUGUAAAAAUAUAUUUAGUAAUAAAGACUUUUUUCAUUAUAA